AUGACUGAUUCCACGACUGAUGAUCCCAGGGCUGAUGAUCCCAGGGCUGCACCUGGGAAAGCCCUGCUCUCCCUCUGCGCCCGCCGCCUCCUGGCCCACGGCCCCAGCGCCCGCCGCGCCCUGCGGCUCCUCCCCCCCCAGCUCUAUCCCGUCCUUUUCCAAGCAGCAUUCCAGGAUGGGCGGACCCUGGUGCUGCAGGAUCUGGUGGCCACCUGGCCCUUCCCCCUCCUCAGCUUCCGGGACCUCUUGGGCCAACGUUUCCCCCAGGAAAGAUCCCACAAAUCCUGUAUCCAGGCCGUCAUCUCGGCCGUCGUCGAGCUGCUCCGACGGGAAUUGGAGGAUUCCUUCCUUGCCUGCCUGGAAGUGGCCAAACACCAAUCCCAGCACCGGGAACGCGGCUCCAAACGUCGCAAAGGCCCUUCCAGCCUUUCCCCAGCCCCUCUCCCCGUGGAGAUCCGCGCCGACCUCUUCGUCAACGCCACCUCCUUCCCCAUCCUCCGGGAAGCCCUCGGGAUCAGCCCUUCCAGCCUUUUGCUCCUCAAGUGCCGGGAUUUCCACGCCGAGGAACUCCCCGCCGCCGGCACCGCGGCGCUGCUGGGAUCCCUGGAUCCCUCGGGGUUGAGGCGCGUGGAGCUGAGGUUCAACAACCUGGGGAUGGCCGGGUUGGGGCUCAUCCUGCCCCAGCUUUCCCACUUCCAGGAUCUCCUCAGCCUCCAGCUGCCCUACAGCAACCUGGAUCUCCGGAGGCCUCUUCCCGGCUUGGAUGCCGCGAUCCGGUGUCUCGCCGCCCACCUGGGAAAGCUGCCUCGCCUGAAGGAGCUCAACCUGGAUUCUUCCAGGCUCUCGGGGAAACUGAGGCAGCUUUUCAGUGACCUGGAAUCCCCUCUGGAAAGCCUGCAGCUGGCAUUCUGCUCCCUCCUCCCCAGCGACCUCACCUUCCUCUCCCAAAGCCUCCACGCUCCAGCCUUGAGGAAGCUGGAUUUGAGUGGCCACCACCUCAACGAAAACCUUCUCCAGCCCCUCCAGCUGCUCCUGGAAGAGGCUUCAGCAUCCCUGCUCCACCUGGAUCUCAUGGAAUGCCACCUAACAGACACCAGGUUGGAAGUUCUGCUCCCGACUCUUUGCCGCUGCUCCCGGCUCCGUUGCUUGGGACUUUUUGGGAACCCUCUCUCCACACCAGGACUCCAGAGCUUGUUAAGGAGAACUGGGGUGUUAAGGGAUCUCCGCCUGGUGGUUUAUCCCUACCCCUUGGAAUGUUACAUCCAGGAUCCAACCUCUGGCCACCCCGUGGAGGUGGAUGAGGAACGUCUGGCCGCGGUGGGCGCGGAGCUCAGCCGGAUGCUGGGAAGCUCUGGAAGGGCUGGAACCCUCUGGACCACCAGCCUCUGCCCACAUGGUGCCCUCAACUACCUCACCCCCUAA